AUGUGCACCCCGGACAUCACCACUGAUGCUGAGGGAAGCGGUAGGUGCCUCAGGAGGCAGACGGAUCAGUCGGGCAUUCCCUUCCUGUUGACAGUGCUGCCAGACCUGCCUGUAAAACACGUUUGGAGGGCAGAAAAGCUUCCUGAGCAACAAAGUGCUGUUAAUCGGGUAACCAGCUUGCCCUUGUUCAACUCUGCAUUCAACCUGGUCUCAUCUGCCUACAACUAUACCAAGGAGACUCAUCCUUACCUCAGUGGUGUCUGCAGUGUGGCUGAGACUGUGGCUGCUGUCACAGUAGGUAGCGUGGUUGGUGGGGCACAGCCCAUCCUGAACCAACUUGAGCCACAAAUUGCACUUGUAAAUGAAUAUGCCUGUAAAGGACUGGAUCAACUGGAGGAGAGCUUGCCUUUUCUUCAACAGCCAGCAGAUAAGGUAAUCUCAGACACCAAGCAGCUGGUUUCCACCAAAGUGACAUCUGCUAUGGAUGCUGCUUGUGAGGCAAAGGAAGCGAUGGCUGAUAAAGUGACUGAAGCUGUGGACCUCACUAAAAAUGUUGUUGGGGACAGUGUCAAGCUGACGAGGUCAAUGGUAACCUCCACUGUUAACAGUGCUGUGGAGGCUGCCCAGGUGAGCCAAGCAGUGGCAGGUGGCGUGGAAUCUGUGCUGGGUAUAUCAGAAGAUCUCGUGGAUCACUACCUCCCAAUGACAGAAGAGGAACUAGGUAAACUGGCCACUGCUGUGGAGGGAUUUGGUAUGGCUUCUGUAGAGGAGCAGAAACAGGAACACAGUUACUUCGUGCGUCUGGGUUCCCUCUCCAACAAAGUCCGCCAUCGAGCCUACCAGCACUCCCUGAACAAACUGCAACGCAUUAAGCAAAGCACCCAGGAUACUCUCUCACGACUACAGCUGGCAGUAAAACUGAUUGAAUCUGUGAAACAAGAGGUUGGCCAGAAGGCUCUGGAUGUGCAGGAGAAGCUCUAUCAGCUGUGGGUGGACUGGAGCCUGACCCAACCCAAGGGAAACCAAGUUAAAACUGCCUCCUAUACAGAGGUAGAGUCACGGACUCUAGCUAUGCUGCGUAUCAUCACCCAGCAGCUACAACCUGUUUAUGAGAAUCUGAAAGCCAGCAUCCAAGGCCUCCCCAGCAACAUCCAAGAAGCUGUGUACCAGGCCACUCGAAAUAUCCAUAAGCUCCAUAGUUUUUUUUCCAGUGCUGUGUCUUUCCAGGACCUUUCCAGCACCACCCUGACCCAGAGCCAGGACUGUGUGGCAGAAGCCCAACGGUCCCUAGAUGACCUGUUUGAGUAUGUAACUCAGAACACCCCUCUGAACUGGCUUGUGGGUCCCUUCAGGGCAAUAGCUAAAGUCUCACAGGAUAGCAGAAAGCAGAAGAAGAAACAUAUUGUGACUGAUAUAAAAUCACCUGUGUUGGGAAAGGCUACAUCAUUGAAGGAGGUGGCUAAGACACCUGAAGAACCAAAGGGAGCAAACAUGAUCCUAGGGGAAGGGUGUGAAGAACCAAAGGGAGCCAACAUGAUCCUGGGGGGGGAAGGGUGUGAAGAACCAAAGGGAGCCAACAUGAUCCUGGGGGGAGGGGGUGAAGAACCAAAGAGAGGAGCAAACAUGAUCCGGGGGGGGGAAGGGGGUGAAGAACCAAAGGGAGCCAACAUGAUCCUGGGGGAAGGGUGUAAAGAACCAAAGGGAGCCAACAUGAUCCUGGGGGGGGAAGGGUGUGAAGAACCAAAGGGAGCCAACAUGAUCCUGGGGGAAGGGUGUGAAGAACCAAAGGGAGCAAACAUGAUCCUGGGGGAAGGGUGUGAAGUGCUAGGGAAGCUGGAAGAAAAGGCAGAGACAGACACAGAGGUGGCACUGGCUGCAAAGGAGAGAAAAACUAAUGCACCAGAGGAAGAUCUCUGA